AUGAGCUCAUCACGAUCUCUCAUUGCUGACAUCAUUAUCCAGGUCACUGUAAAAGCCGAGCCAGUCAAGUUCAAGAACCCCUUCAUCCAAUCGCAGAUGUCAUACAAAGACCUGAAAGCUCGUUUGACUUGCACCAAGGACAACUCUAUCACCAAGACCGGCCUGAUUCUCAUUCUUGAUCAUGAACUCAAGGCUCUAAAAAAGGAGAAUUUCAAGCUGAAAGACGCUCUGAAGGCAGAGAAGGGUGGAGAGACUUGGGGCGGUGGAGGGAGCAGAGGCAAGUGGGUAGAUGGAUCGAUGGAGUUGUUGUAG